GGAAAAACAUAUACUCAAAAUCAAAAUAAGUAAAAUUAAAAAUUUCUUCUUCUCAGUUCUCAUCACACCAGCCACAAUUUGUCAUCUGCAAUCGGAAUCUUUGUUCGUUUUUUCUUUUUCCGCCUAGGUUUUCUUGCCCGCGAUCUGCCGGAUUGGCGAUUUUUCCGACCGAUCGUUGAUGGAUUGGAGUAACGUGACGGCGGAGGAUCUGGUGGAGGCGUUGCGAGAAGUGGACUGGUCCACGCCACCGCGUCCGUUCUCCGAAUUCUUCUCCCGAUUCACCGUCCCCCGCUCCCAGACCAAAUGGAGCAGUCGCCUCAAGUGCAAUCUCUACUACUACAGGACUAAUUAUUUCUUGAUGAUCAUACUCAUUCUUGGGAUGGGAUUUCUUAGGAGGCCGCUUGCUAUUGUUGCCGCACUGACUACUGCUAUGAGCAUAGCGCUUCUGAACGAUAGUUUUGCAGCUACUUUCAGUGAAAAGAUCACAAGAACUAUCAGGCAGUUUUCUCCCCAUUUAGCUGCCAAACUUAGAGCUCCCCUUGCGCCUGUUAUUCGUGGGCGCCCUUCUACAAAACGAGCAAUAUUUAUAUGUGGACGUCCUCGAUGGGUCUCUGUUUUGGCAUUUUCUGGAGUUAGUUUCUUCCUAUGGAUUGUUUCUUGUGGUGCUCUUAUGGUUUUGUGGGCACUUGCUAUUGGCCUUCUCGCUACAUUGCUUCAUGCAAGCUUUAGAACACCAAACCUGAAAGCUCGUCUGAACACAUUCCGCGAAGAAUUCCGUGCUGUGUGGCGCAAUUAUAGUGAUCUGUAGCAUGGCUGAGAAAAUGUUAGAUUCUGCAACUAAAUUGCUUGAUGUUCAUAAUUGAUUUUUUUUAAAUCUUCAUAUGUUGGCGUUCAUGCUCUUUACUUUUUUGAAAUCUUGUGCUGCAUUACCUUUUGGAAUGGUUUUGUGCGUUUUUUGAUGAUCAAGAUGAUUUUAAAUAGUCAAGCUAGUUGUGUUGCAACCACCUUUCUGGAACUUCAGAUGGUUAAGCUGCUUGUGUUUCUCAUGGUCUUAGACUUGUAGCUAAGUCCUUUAUUUGUUGUUUUCUUUGUUUAUUGAUAAGGAAAGAUGCAUCUCUUAAUUAUUUACUACCCAAAAUGUGUUUUCACUUUUGAUUUUCCAGUAUGACAAAGCUCGAGGGGAGGUCUUUGACAAGAACAAGGAAACAUCCAUCUAAUCCGUUUUUACUUUUUGAUUCAUGUAACUAGAGCUAUAUUUGACAAUAGGGUAUCCAACAACAGCUCUAAACACCAUGUGUAUGUCUAUAUAGCUUAAUACAUGCGGUGCAUUGUUUAAGACUCAA